AUGACUGACAGGGAAACAAAUAAUCAUUUAUGUGUAGCAGUUGCAUAUGGACAAUAUGAGCGACCUGCAAAAGGCCUUUGUCAAAGCCAAACUCGCCAAAUAUCCACCCGACAUUCCAAUUUUUGACGAAACCGAGGAGGAUGCUACUACUUCCACGGGUAUCAAUAGAGGGAACGACGCAACAAUAGAAGAAGGGGAAGAAUUUGACUCUUCCUCGACGUCCUCGGCUUCUUCGGUGGGAACUGUUGUACCUUCGCCGUCGAGAAAUUUAUUCGCAAAGCCAGGUUCUCUGCCAAGACAACGCAAUGGCUCAGCAGAGUCGUUGACAUGGAGAGAUUUCUUCUCCCGAGAAUUAUACAUUGAAAGAAAUACAGAUGAUUUACAUAUCAUAUAUCAUACAUACAUCACACCACCUACAGGUUCCGGGCCUUUGUUCGUGAUGCAUCACGGCGCAGGUUCCUCGGGACUAUCAUUUGCUGCUUGUGCAGCAGAGAUUCGAAAAAUACUUCCCGAGGCCGGGAUUUUAUCACUAGAUGCUCGUUAUCACGGAAGUACUACUGUUGAGUCGAGAGACGGUAACCCAGUAGAACUGGACUAUCGACUGGAGACUUUGAGCCAGGAUCUUCUGGCUGUUAUUAGAGGAGCACAAACACAAAUGGUCUGGGAGACGUUACCAGAUUUGGUUCUGGUUGGACAUAGUCUGGGAGGAGCUGUUAUCACAGAUGUUGCGAGGGGUGGGGAGUUGGGGGCGAAGGUACUUGCGUAUGCAGUUUUGGAUGUCGUUGAGGGCUCUGCCAUGGAUGCUCUGCAGGGUAUGGACACUUAUCUAUCAGCGCGGCCAACACGGUUCCCUUCGUUAUCUUCAGCUAUCGAAUGGCAUUUCCGCUCCCGAACAAUUCGCAACACAACCUCUGCUCGAGUCUCAGUCCCAUCUCUACUAACGGAAGAAGAAAACCCCUCCGACGCAUCCCUCCCCUGGACAUGGCGCACAAACCUAGCCGACACAAAACCAUUCUGGGAAGACUGGUUCAAAGGUCUAAGCAAGAAAUUCCUCGAAGCAAAAGGCGGCAAAUUGCUCCUGCUGGCAGGCACAGAUCGUCUCGACAAAGAAUUGAUGAUUGCCCAAAUGCAAGGCAAAUUUUCGUUGCAGGUAUUGCCUCUUGCGGGACAUUUUAUCCAGGAGGAUCAGCCGGCGAAGACGGCGAGGUUUUUGGUUGAUUUUUUCAAGAGGAAUGACAGGACACCAUUGGUGCUGCCGCCUAAGGUUGGGGAUAUUAUGGCCUCGAAGGCGAUGGAGAAGGGUGUUGGUAUAAAUAAGAUCUGAAUCUAUAAACGAUUUAACUUAAUGAAUACAUCUUGAAAAGUCGCCU